UACAUAAAGUAGACCGCUCCCGUUUCGAUUGACUCAGGGCUACAGACAUCUGCGUGGUCUAACUCCUCAUCCAAAACAAGGCUUCGGUAAUCGGCGCGUCCAAAAAAAUCCUGGUCUCUCGAGCACCUAUCGUCCCCAUCAACAAUCUAGCUGCGAUGCCGAAUUCGGAUUGCAUGAAAUGCUUUGGCUUGGGGAGUUUCAAUGAGACUUGCGCCAAGUGUAAAGGGGCUCAAACUGUGGAGGAAACUUGUCAUUCCUGUAAAGGGAUUAAGCAACAAUGUUCUACUUGUGACAAUAAGGGAAACAGCGUGAAGAAAUGCGACGAAUGUUAUGGGAUGGGGUUCACUCCCGAGACGUGUGCUUGCAAGGGUUAACCAUAGAAGCCAUAUUGUAGCUUUGGAGAGACUGCUUGCUCAGGGCUUGCUCAUUUAUCGUUGUCGUUAUGAGUGAUGGCGAAGAGAACCUUGUGCGAUGGAAAGAUGGGCCUCACAUUCCAC